UGUGGUGCGUAUCAUAGACAUAAUUAUUAUUGGUUAUUGUUUAUUUUCUUAGAUUUUUAUUUUUGCUGUGGUAGAAUGAGGAAAAAAAUUUAACAUGGGUGAAUGUAGUUUUGAGAUUAAAGAAGAGGUACAUGGCUAUGAUGAUGUUAAGUUUGAAGAAAAUUGGGGAGGUAUUGAUGUUUUUGAACAAUUUAGAGAUGAAAAGGGAGUUCACGAAAGAGAAGAAUAUGUAAUCAAGAAAGAGGAAACUCCCUCAAACUCCCCAGUUAUAGAAGACGAUGCUGCCAGUUUUAAAGAUCACAAGAAAGAUCCCAUAAAUUUAGUCCGAUCGAAUGUUAAGAAUCACAAAUGCGACAUAUGUGAAUAUGCAGCUACUGAUAAAAGUAAACUUGAUGAACACGUGAAAUCUGUACAUUUGAAAAUCAAGGACUGCAAAUGUCAUUUGUGUGACUAUGUCACGAGUAGAAAGAGCAGACUUCAGGCACAUAUCAACUCGAUUCAUCUGAAAAUGAGGAAGCACAAAUGCCCUAUGUGUAAAUAUACUGCGAGCGAAAAACGUAUCCUUGAUGUACACCUAAAAACUGUUCAUUUGAAUAUCAAAGACCACAAGUGUAAUUUUUGUGAUUAUGUCUCAGCUACCAAGGAAAACCUUACGAGUCAUCUUAAACGUGUUCAUUUGAAUAUCAAGAAGUUCAAGUGUGAAUUCUGUGAUUAUGCUGCGACUCAGAAGAGUGCCAUUGACUUACACGAAAAAUCUAUUCAUUUGAAAAUUAAGGAUCACAAGUGUUCCUUUUGUGAUUAUGCUUCCAGUUCGAAAAGUAAGCUUGAAAAUCAUGUAAAAUCCAUUCAUUUGAAAAUCAAGGAUCACAAGUGUUCCUUCUGUGAUUACGCUGCGAGUGAGAAAAGACUGCUUGGGGUGCAUGUGAAAUCAAUUCAUUUGAAGAUUAAAGAGCACAAAUGUCGUUUGUGUGAGUACGUCACAAGUAGAAAAGAUAGUCUUCAACAUCAUAUCAACUCUGUCCAUUUUAAAAUUAAGAAUCACAAGUGUCACAUGUGUGAAUACGCUGCGGGUGAGAAAAGUAACCUCGAUGCACAUAUAAAAAGUGUUCAUUUGAAAAUCAAGCCAUACAAAUGCCACCUAUGCGAGUAUGCUACAAAUAGGAAACAAAUCCUUCAAAACCAUGUCAACUCUGUUCAUUUGGGACUAAAGAAUUACAAGUGCUCAAGGUGUGAAUUUGCAGCGAGUGAGAAAGGCGGACUGGAGCAGCAUCUAAAAUCUGUUCAUUUGACAGCGAAGAAUCACGAGUGCUCGUUGUGCGAGUACGCGUCCAGCGAGAAACAUCAACUUGAUCAACAUGUCAAAUUCGUUCAUUUGAAAGUUAAGGUACCCAUGUGUCAUCUAUGUGAUUUUGUAACAAGUACAGAAGAGGAUCUUCGAAACCAUGUUGAUUCUGUUCACUCGUAGUGAAUUCUAAAAGUCCAUUCUGAACUCGGUGCAGUAAUUCUAAUUAUGAUGAAACACAAGGUCUAUUCGUGUGAUAAACUGCCAUAAAAAAAAAAAUUUUAAAAUAGAAAGCAAGUGCUAUCUAUGUGAGUAUAUUACAUGUGGAAUAAACAGCCUUAUGAAGCUAGUCAACUCUGUUUAUUCAAUAUGGAUCUAAGGAAAAAUGUGAACUUGAUCUAUGUGAAAAAUGUGUUCAUUUAAAAAUAAAAGAUUUGACUUGUUCAUGAUACAAAUCGAUAUUUUGUACGAAAACCUAUACUCGAAUAAAUUCUCUACACUA